ACAAGAACUGACUAAGAGAAACAAACUUUGACAAACUCCAAAUAAAAACCGUUUUUAAGUUUAUUAAAGUUACCCUCCGUGAUGUGCGGCGGUAUUUAAAGCGCUCCGGCCGCGUGACAGAUGUGGAGUGGCCGUUAGUGCUAGAUGGAGUUGGGCUUCGGUGUCCAGCGGAGGGCCGGCGGAGGCUCGCCCGCUGUGGGAGCGUCGCAGCGCCGCAGGAAUGUGCCGCCGCGAGCCGCUGAUUACAAACUGCAGGUUAUCAUCAUCGGCUCCCGCGGCGUGGGCAAGACCAGCCUGAUGGAGAGAUUUACCGAUGACACCUUCUGCGAGGCGUGCAAGUCCACCGUGGGUGUGGAUUUUAAAAUCAAAACAGUGGAACUGAGAGGGAAGAAGAUCCGCUUACAGAUCUGGGACACGGCGGGUCAGGAGAGGUUUAACAGCAUCACCUCAGCGUAUUAUCGUGGUGCGAAAGGCAUCGUGCUCGUCUAUGACAUCACCAAACAGGAAACCUUCGACGACCUGCCCAAAUGGAUGAAAAUGAUUGACAAGUAUGCGUCAGAGGAUGCUGAACUCCUAUUGGUCGGGAACAAGCUGGACUGCGAGUCCGAUCGCAUCAUCUCACGUCAACAAGCUGAGAGGUUUGCUUCACGGAUAUCAGGGAUGCGUUUCUGUGAAGCCAGUGCCAAGGAUAACUUUAAUGUGGAUGAGAUAUUUCUUAAACUAGUCGACGACAUUUUGAGUAAGAUGCCUCUUGAAGUCCCCAGUAAGGUGCUGUCCAACAGCAUCCUAUCACUUCAGCCCGAGCCCGAAAUUCCACCAGAGCUGCCGCCUCCUCGCAUGCGCUGCUGUUGAGAUUCAUCUCGAGGGCUUUAAAAACCCAUACACCUCUCUCAGUAAUAUAACCCAACACAUGCUGUUACAGCCACCAGAGGGCGAUAUGCUCACAUCAUGAUUCCAGCCCAUAAGAAUCAGUAUUACAUAUAUUCAUCCCUCGCAGUAGAUGAUGCACAAACGAUAGACUGUUUUAUUUAACAUUUUCCAUAUUUGGUACUUCUUGAUGUCCCAUACUUGCACUACCUCAUUUCUGGGAAGCACAGGGUUGGAUUUGUCCGACAUGUACCUUCCCUAUCGGACACGGCAUGCCUUGAAAUGUCAUAACCCAUCAACUCCUAUUUACUAUUACUUUACAUUGCUGUUUAAUGCAUUAGUAGUGACCGGAAACACAUUUGCACCAUUUCUGUGGGACAAAAGGGACUCGACCACGUUUAAUUUCUCUUCCGUGUUUAAAGCACACAUGUGGCAUUUUGAGAUACGUCUUUUUCACCGGCAUACGUUUUGGAGAGGAUCGCUGGUUCUUCCAGGUCUCAAAUUAAGAAGCUCUUUUCUCAAUUGAUAUGGCAUUCACAGCGAAGUGGGUGUCAAUUUCAUGCCAAAUGUAAUUCGUUUCUGUCGGCUGUGUGUUUACAUGGUGGUACGUUUGGCCUAUUAUUAAUCGCCAGCGUGGGGGAAUUGUCUCAUUCAUUAUGUCUUUGUGCCUUACGUUUUAUCAGUGUUAGGGUGAAUCUCACAAAAACACAUCAGGGGCACACUUCACGCCAAAAAGAAGUGAUGUUGUGCAUAAAGAAAAUGAAGCCGUACAUUACUUAUUUUCAGCAAUGCGGCUGAAUGUUUUUACUUUUAAUAUUUUUGUAAGCUAAUUCCCAUUACUAUCAUUUUUCAGUGUUUUUUUAUUUUUAUUUUUUUACUGUAUUACAGUACAGAAAAUACUUCAAUAUGUCUUUUUUUUUUAAUUGACAUCAAUUCAGGCUGUGCAACAAGUGUAUUAUGCAUAUGCAUCCAUGAUGCAUUAAUGCUUUUCAAUUUAUUUGAAAAGAUAAGAAAUUAUUAUUUUCAUAUCUGUAAUGAGAAUACAGGGAAGACUUCAUUUUCUCGAGGUAAAAUAUAAUUUAAUUUUUCUUUCUAAUGAUUUUGGCAGGAAAUAUAACCUGUACGUGUUCUUGACAUGGUUCGUGAGAUUCACUCGUUAUUCUUUUUGAAGUAUCUGUUGAAUUUUGAUUUAUUUGUUGUGUUUUGCACUACAAUCUAUUAUAGCUAGUUUAUGAACAGCUAAAAUGCUGAACAUUAGUGAAGGACCUGUGUACAUGAGAUUAAUGUUAUCGAGUGUUGUUGCUCGGUAGUCCGCCGUCAAUGCCAUUUAACUUAGUUUCGCAAAUAAAGGUCAUUAAUUGGUCGUUGCACAGAUGGAACGCGUUGUUCUGUUUCUUAGAACUUGGAAUGUAGAACGGAAAAGCUUUCGGCGAAAGGGCUAUUUCUCCACAGAGAGCAGAUGAAGGAUAUAAAAAGACAUGAUUUUGAUACUUGGAUUGUUUUCAGCAUCACUAACUGAAGAAUAGGAAGUACACUUCUUCCUAAGACUCUCCCGUUAACAUCAUUUUGCCACAGCUUCGAGUGAAUUUGUUGAAGUUAUCACUGCAAUCCUUGAUUGAAUCGUUUUCUAUUGCCUGUAUAGAUGAAGGACUGUAUUUAAAGGGCUAGUUCACUCAAAAAUGAAAGUUCUGUCAUCAUUUAUUCACAUUUUUAAAAUAAUAAUAAUUUUGCCUAUUUUUUUUAAGAUUUACACAUUUCAUUUUCAUAGCAAAAUUCCAUCAAAUUGAAUUGUGUGAUGUUUAACACAAUCAAGUUAAUACAAUUUAAAAAUAUUUCGUUAUUUUAUUUGAUUUAUUAAAGAUUACUCAAUUUUUUUUUUUUUUUUUUUUUUAACUAGGCAGUAUGUUUGUCUGUAUAUUAGUUAAUUUUUGGGUGAACUGUCCCUUUAAAAUGUAGUUGUGUAAUACAGCAGUAAUCAAAAAAAAAAAAAAAGGUUUUAAUAGCUAAUGCAAUUAAACUGGCUAGCUGGCACUGUUAAUGAAUGAUUUUCUGUGAGUUAAUGGGAGUUCUAGUGAAACUCAAUAUACAAAACAAACCAUUUAUGUUUCUUAUUGAAUGAAUCUCAUCCAGGUCGUUAUUCCUCUCAAAAGAAAAAACAACAAUAAUUUAUAUUUUGCAUCAAGAAAAAUACUAUUUUUGGGACAAGUAUGUUUUUUUUUAUUUUUUUGUUUUUUUUUUAUUUUUUUUAAUCAACAUUUUGACAUUAUUUUCAUGCAAAUGAAACACAGUUUAACCGCAAUUGGAAUUACUGUAAUGCUGAAGAUAAUCAACCUGGCCGAACUCAUUUUUAAAUUAAAAUCUGUAAAUUGUACAAAACUAAAUGCAGUAUAAAAAGUACUACUGUGAUGUAUGUUAAAAAUUGAAAUUUAAAAAUUACAGUAAUAUUACAGUACCGGUAAUUGUCUUGAAAGUAGUUCUAGAAAUCAGCUUUAUUAUUUAUUUUUUAUUUUGUUUGGUGAAAUAUGACCCGUAUAUGUUCUUGACAGGUUUUGUGAGAUUCACACUAUUAUUUAAACUAACUGACAGAUUAUAUUUGUGUGUAAUGCCUAUUUGUAUGUACAUUUUGUGUGUUUCUGAGAAAUGAUGUGCCUGUCAGAAGCAGUGUUAUACUAAACAACCCAAUACCUGUGCCUGUUUUCUGUGUUUGAGGGACUAAUACUGUAUGAUUGUUGCGUUAUUCAGCUUUUUUUUUUUUUUUUUUUGCUGUAUUUGUUUGGUUCAGUAUAAUUCUAAUAAUCACUUUUUGCACCAUUUAACUCUCGGUUUUAUUUAAUAGAUUUAAAUUCUAAUUGUAAGUCAUUGAAAUAUAAAAACUAAACUUAUGGUUGAUUUAUGUGAACAGUGUUAGAGAACGUACACCAGCCUCAGAAUUGUUCAUGUUUGCAAGCAUGUGCCAUGUUGUUACCAAGUGCUUACUUUAUUUCUCUGCAGGAUUGGCGAGUUUAUAAUUUAUCUUUCCUCCCUGUACCCUGGAGUCAGAUUUACUAAGCUGUUCUUUGUUUCUCUUCUUUAACCAAGUUGUUAUUUUUUUCUAUUUUACAUGGGGCAACAAAAACCAAGCAUUUUCACCUUUUAUAUAUAAAAGCUUUGUCUGUUUUCUGUUUGUUUUUAAAUAUAUUUGCAAAUAUCGCAAAUUUAUUAAAAGCUUAGUAGAUCUUCCCAAAUGGAAAUGGAACUUCAUGUUGCUUGUAAAGACAGUCAAUGACACGUCGCUUGUCCUGAAAAACAGAACCUAAUAUAAAUAAUUUCUAGUUUCUCUUUUCUAGUUGCAAUACGUGUUGCCUUUAUGAAUCUUCAGUUUUGUACAGAAUAUUUUGCCUUUAUUCUUUCUUAAGUCUCUUGGCCAAUUGCAGUAAUCACAACAUUACAAAAACAUGAAAUGGAUCCUAAUUGUAUUGCAAAACAGAAGAGUACUUUAUGAAUAAUACGUUGAUAUUAGGUAUUUGAAACAGUUUGGCAUGUUUAAGCAGUUUUGUGGUAUUUAUAACUUGUGGCAUUCUUAAACUAAUGACGUGCAAAUAAAGAUCUAUAUUUAUUACA